UAUUCAGCUGUUCGUAUGGAUCUGUACUCGACUUCACCUAAAAACAUUGACACAUUCAUACAUGACUAUCUACUUCCAGACAGCAGCUUCACAAAUUAUGUGGGGCAAGUCAUAGAUACAAUCUGUAACUUCCUGAAAGAGAACUGCUUCAAGAAUUCUCAAAGCAAAAUAAAAGUACAGAAAAUUAUAAAGGGUGGAUCAUCCGGGAAAGGGACAACCUUAAAAAAUGAUUCAGAUGCUGACCUGGUUGUCUUUCUUGACUGCUUCAAAAGCUACAAAGAUCUGAAGGAUGAACGUCAUGAUGUCAUUGUUGAAAUACGUGAAAGGUUAAAUCAGUUCAGUAGGGAAAGAUCACAUAUCAAAAUUCAUUUCAAUGAGGACAGGAAACGGUCACUAGGUUUUAAGCUACAAGUGAAAGCAGACACAGAGUGGAUUAAGUGCGAUGUACUCCCAGCGUAUAAUGCAAUAGGAGAAUUUAAUAAGGAUAUACCCAAACCCAGCUCCCAGGUUUACAUUGAUCUGAUUGAACUUCCAGCUGGAAAAGGAGAGUUUUCCCUUUGCUUCACAGAGCUGCAAAGACACUUCAUUAUGCACCAACCUCCUAAAGUUAAGAACCUGCUCCGACUGGUGAAAUAUUGGUACAAAAAGCAUGUAAAGACGUAUAAAAAGGACCAAAGACACCUACCACCAAAGUAUGCCCUGGAGCUUCUGACGAUGUAUGUCUGGGAGCAGGGAAGCAACAAAGAGAACUUUAAGAUGGAAGAAGGAUUUAGAACCUUGCUAGAAAUGAUCCAACAGUAUCAACAACUCUGCAUCUACUGGACAAAGUACUAUGACCUGAGAAGUUCAGACAUUACAGAAUAUUUAAAAAGGCAGCUAAGAGCACAAAGGCCAAUAAUUCUGGACCCAGCAGAUCCAACAAAUAAUGUAGCUGCCAAAGAAGGAUGGGACAUUCUAGCAAGAGAAGCGAAACAAUGCUUAAGGCAAAUUUUUGGUGUAUCUUUGGACCAGUGCUGGACUGUGCAGCCUUGCAGACAAAUGAAUGUGACUGUGGAAUUAAAACAAGGGAAGCAAUUCACUUUUCCUGCAAAUCCUUUUAUCACUGUAAGAAACAUGAAAGAAAAAAUUGUUGAGAAAAGCAAAAUACCUGCGAAUGUACAACGUCUCAUGAUUCAGUCAAGGUUACCACAAAACAUUGAACUUAUAGACUCAAAACAGCUACUAGACUACGGGAUCCUGGAGAAUGCUAACUUCACUGUAGUGAGGACAGUACCACAAAUCAUAAACAUAACUGUGAGGGAUCCUGAUGACCGAAGAGAGACAUACGAAGUGACACUAAAUGAGACUGUUCAACAAUUGAAACAAAAGAUCUAUGAUCGAAAAUCUAUUGCAGUGAGUCAGCAGCGACUGAUGUAUCGAGAACAUGAGCUGCAAAACCACAAGACCAUGGGAGACUACCAGAUCAAUGAAGGAUCAGUUAUCUUAUUGUUAUUACGUCUGAGAGGAGGAUUGCCGACAGGGGUAAUGGAUUCCUUGGACGAGUUGCCAUCUAUUUUUUCGCCAGCUAGGAGAGAUGAGAUGAAAAAAAUGCAGUCCAAGAUGGCUAUUAUCAAAGGGGAACUAACUCGGCUGAUUGAGCUUAUCAGCCAGCCAGAAAGAAAGAUUGAAGGUUUGCAGGAGAUGACGUCAACGCGUGUGUGCAGCAGAAAUAACAAAUUAACUAAAUCCCCUAAGGAACAGCGUAAUGGCAAAAUGUUGUCAACCGGACCCUCUAAUGGAUCCAAUGGAGUCGCUGGUCUCCGGUUUAACAAAUGUUUUAGAUGGAAAGACGACGGAGGAUCGGAGGACGAGUUUAAUAUAUCUGGGGCCAAACCCAAGUGGACAGUCCCUAAAAAGACUUAUUCUGUGACCAGACUGGCUGCAGAAGCAGCAUCUUCUUUCAGCAACAUAAGUGGUGACUACAAGUCUGGAGUGAACCCAGUGCACUUUACAGAAUUAAAACUGCCUGUGUUUGUGGAAGUAAAAAUGGAAACUCUCAGCAACAUAAAGAUAAAACCCUGGGCUGAAUGUACUACACAUCACCAGCUACUAGUGAGCAAAAUAAAGCUAAAGAAGAAAAAGAGUUCUGCUAGUAGAGGGUCCAGCACAAUAAGGCAGCACAUGCCUGAAGUUAACAGGUUACCUGUGUCUGAUGAAAAUGACAGCAUACACUUAGCACAGUCUGAAGACAUAGUGGUGCUGUCAACAACACUAACAGUGGAGGCCUCAAACACAUACAAGCAGACUAAUCAGGGAGUGGAAAAUAUCCCUGCCUCACCAGUGUCUGAUGGUCAUCCUGGGACUGUGAGCCCAGUUCAGGAUAUACAGAAGUCCCCUGCCCAAACUACAUCUGUGAGUCUCACUGCCUCUGUCAUUCAAGUACAGCCUACAGGGGAAAAGGGUGGUGGUCUGUGGGACUGCCCUAAUUCCAGGCCUGUUUCUGACUUGGGUGCUAUAUUUAGCAUUAACCAGCAUACGAGCAGACACAGUUAUUUUAAAAAGAAGGAAGGGAAGCACUGUUGUGAGAAUAAACAACUAUUCUUCAGAACUCUGAGUGUAGAAAUCUAUCCAGCUUUAUUUAUGGAUCUGUAUGCCACUCCACCAAAAAGCCUGGACAAGUUCAUAGAAGACUACCUACGUCCGGACAGUAGCUUCACUGAUAAUGUGGGGAUAGUUAUAGAUACAAUAUGUACAUUUCUGAAGGAAAACUGCUUCAAAAACUCAGGCAGGAACAUCAAAGUGCCGAAAAUUAUAAAGGGAGGAUCUGCAGGGAAAGGGACAACCUUAAAAAAUAAGUCAGAUGCUGACCUGGUUGUCUUUCUUGACUGUUUCAAAACCUACAGAGAUCAGCAAGCUGAGCGCCAAGACAUCAUUGCUGAAAUUUAUGAAAAGUUAAAUCAGUUCGCAAAGAACUACCAACAUAUCAAAGUUAAGUUUGAUAAGGUUAGGGAACGAUCUCUAAGUUUUAAGCUGCAGAUAAACGAAGAGCCAGAGUGGAUUCAGUGUGACGUGUUGCCAGCCUUUGAUGCAAUAGGGCAGCUUAAUGGAAGAAAACCCAACCCACAGGUGUAUAUUGACCUGAUAAACCUCAAUGCAGGACCAGGAGAGUUUUCCACCUGCUUUACAGAAUUGCAGAGAGAUUUUAUCAAAACUCUACCAGCUAAAGUGAAGAACCUGCUCCGACUGGUGAAGCACUGGUACAAAGAGUAUGUAAAGAAGCAGAUAAAGUACAAAGGAUCCCCUCCCCCAAAGUAUGCCCUGGAGCUUCUGACCGUACAUGUCUGGAAGCAGGGGAGCAACAAAGAGGACUUUAAGAUGGAAGAAGGAUUUAUAACCUUGCUAAAGACAAUCCAACAAUAUCAACAGUUCUGCAUCUACUGGACAAAGUACUAUGACCUUGAAAGUUCAGCCAUCACAGAGUAUUUAAAGAGAAAGCUAAGAGACAACAGGCCAAUAAUUCUGGAUCCAGCAGACCCAACAAAUAACGUAGUUUAUACUAAUGGAUGGGCCAUUCUAGCACGGGCAGCAGAAGAAUGCUUAAUGAGGAUCUACAGUGGAGUUGUGGUUGAAUGCUGGCCUGUACAGCCUUUCACACAAAUUUGUGUGAUCGUUAAAUCAAUAGAAGGGAAGCAAUUCACUUUUUAUGCAAACCCUGCAAUCACUAUAAGAAAUGUGAAAGAAAAAAUUAAUCAGACAUGGAACAUACCUGAGAAUGAACAGCGUCUCAUGUUUCAAUCCAAAUUAGUAGAAACAGCACCGCUAACAGAUUCAAAACAGCUGCUAGACUAUGGGAUCCUGGAGGAUGUUAACUUCGAUUUACUGAGGAUAAAACCACAAAACAUUAACAUCAUUGUGAGAGAUCUUAAUGACCAAAGACAAACAUACCAAGUGACACUUAAUGAAACUGUCCAACAACUGAAACAAAAGAUCUUUGAUGUAAACAGUACUGCAGUGAGUCAGCAGCGACUGGUAUAUCAAGAACGUGAGCUGCAAGACAAUCAGACAAUGGGAUACUAUCAGAUCCAUGAAGGGUCAGUUAUCAUGUUGUUAUUACGUCUGAGAGGAGGAUGAGUACUGUUAAUGUACUGUUAUAAAGUAAUGGCAUGAAUCAAAUCAUAGAAACCCUUUGAACAAAUCAUAUGCUUUCCACCUAGGAAAGACAAAUGAACGUUUAUGUAAAUAACACACCUACUAUUUCUUGUGAGCAUUUGUCUCUUAACUCACAUUAAGUGGAUAAGACAUAAAAUAUGACUUUCCAAUGUGCUGAUUUUUUAUGCAGGCUAAAAUACUAUUGACUAUAUUUGCAUACUGUUCUCUCACCCGCCUCUGUUCUGGCUCAUUGCAUGUUAUCACCUAGCUGUCUUAGGAUGCCUUUAGCACAUACCUCUAACCUCUUAGAGCAAUAAAUCUGGACAAAGUUGUUACUAAAAACAAAGCCAUUACUCUCCUUUUAGAACACAUCACUGGCUUAACCUAAAGCAACUCGGAUGGCUAGAAUUUCCAAACUAAGUUCAAUUUCACCAGCUUACUACAGCCCAUAAGACCCUUUACCAACCCACCAACACUCCAAUACUCACUAUCAUUAUUACCCCUUACAACAAUCUUAAGAAUUUACUCUCCUCAAACAAAAUACUUAUCAAUACUUGCAAAUCCAACAACUUGGCAGGAGACGCCCUCUUCUCUAAUGCUGUUGGAAAGCACUGGAAUCUUUUGCCCACUGAACUCGUAUCUCUGUCUUCAUUAACUGUUUUUAAACAGAAGCUAAAACUAUUCCUCCAUACUCAUUGGUUAUGCCCCUGUACUAACCCUGACUAACUUUAAUCCCUUACACUAAUGAAUACUCCUCACCUUUAUAGACUUAUCCUUAAGAAACCAAAGACUAUGUCAUGGCAAUUUAAAUAUAUGUAUAUGUGUAUAUAGUAACAUCUCUUGUAUAUUACCUAUUACUAUUUGAGUUAUGCUUAUGAUGAGUACUGUACUUUAUAUUACCAACAGCUGUUUAACUUUGGACUGUUGCAACUUUUUAUAUUGUAUAUUGUAUCUGUCUUAGAACUUAUCUCCCCAAAUUUUUGUAUAUGUCAUGGAGAUUUUCUCCCCGGGCCUCUACUGAAAAUGGACAUGUAUCCAGUUAGACUAGCCCGGUCAACAAAUGUAAAAUAAAUAAAUAAAAGUGUGACAAAGG